ACAUGCUGACCAGGUGUUCCCCUUUAUAGUAACCUAAUACUUACUUUGCCAUACGUAUUGUUGUUUGGAUAGGUACCCAGAACUCGUUGGGCUUUUGACCACGCCCAACACAGACUUCUUUCUCCAGGUCCAAUUGCCCUCUUUUCAGGCUAAGCAGUCAUUAAGUCUGAUUGAAUGAGCUGCCAUCACUUACAACAGGGCUUUAUGAGAUGUGACUUGAGGAAGAGGGAGUGGUCGUAUUGUUGCUAAGAGGCUGCAAUCCAACUGGCUGCCUUUGGUCUUACUGGCCCAUCCUCUGACCCAUAGCUUUCUCUGUAGUUGAUCACAGUUAAUAAUGGUAGUGAUAGUGAUGGAUUAAUAAUGUGUGUGUGUUAUGUUGCCAUGCUCCUGUGUGUAGCUGUGUGUCCGUCCAAAGAGAAGCCCUCCAACCCACUGAUAGAUGUGGCCUAUAGGUCUUAUGUAUCCAUCUGUAGCCUGUCAGUGACAUCAUGGUCAGAAACUCCAGGGGGGACAACGAGGUGGAGAUGUAUAGCUGCUACUGUUCAGCCCUGUGGCCCCAAAGCUUCUCCAAUCGGCUAGCACACUGUAAUGGUGUCACUUGUUGACUGUUUAGUACAGUGGCAUUUAUUAUGUAUCCAUGACUACAAGGACAAUGAUUCCAUUUUUUCUCCCAGUAUGAUUUUCAGCUACUGAUAUGCAGGUCAGCUGUUGAAUAAGAGUUAAUCUAAUAAUGCCAUUUAGCUAUUAUAACGUUAUUUUGUUUCUACUCCCCUCUGUUUACUCUCCUACUUUUGUCUUCAGUAUCUCACAAUAGUUUGGAGAUACUGUGGUCAAUGUAGAUAUUCAAUAAUUGAUUAACUGUUCUUGACUUCUAUUUGAUCUACCUAGAUAAGACAUGUAAUUGUACUCAUUCCCAUUUUGACUCCGACAAGGAGAAGACUAAAGAGGAGCAGAGGAACAGGGAUGGGGUGUGAGACGCUCCUAGACGGUGCUGCUGUCACACACAGAGUGGCGCGAGCCAAUCAGAGUAAUACCAAUAAAUCUGGAGUGCUUAGUGGGAUAUUUUGGACGCCAAGCGAGACAGAGUGCCACACAAGAACACAGCUACUAUCUGACCUCUCUCUGUCCCCUUUUUCUCUGUCCCUCUCUUUUUCUGACCCUAUUAGUCACCAACUAACAGGGAUGGAGGAAAAGAGAUCUCAUUCCUUUACCUCCCUGCUUCUUUUCUUCCCUUUCAAUCACACUCUGUCCCCAUCUGUGUCUGUGUGACUGAGCAUGUGUGGGAGGCAGCUUUGAUUUGGUAGCCAAGCUCUGUUGCACCAAAUCCUUUUCAAACAAGGACGAGAGAGAGAGGAGAGGGGGAGAGAGAGAAAGGCCAGGAGACAUUUGUAGCUGAGUGGACGAGCACAAACAAUACCUGGCACACAGCUUUUGAGUGUCACAUAAACCACCCUCCCUCUCUCUCUCUCUCUCUCUCUCUCUCUCUCUCUCUGUCUGUCUCUCACUCUCUCUUUCUGUCUGUCCCUCUCUCUGUCCUAUUCAGUGACCGGCCCUUCCCUCCCGCCCCUCCCUGUGUACUCUCUCUCAGGAUGGGGGAUGUCUAUCUCUAUAAAAGGCAUGUGUGUGCCCUGACAGGGUUUUAUUCCAGCCAUGGAGAGUCAGAGAGUCCUGUCGUCUUACAGGAAGCGUUUCGGGCCCCAGGGGGCCGGCAGCGUGGGUGGGGGCGUGCGGCUCAGCAGUCUCUCCUCCAGCCGCUUCUCCCUCCAUGGGACCCCCCGCCACCUGACCCACUCCAGCACCAUUUCCCGUCUCUCCCUGGGGUCGGCUGGAGGGGCCCUGCUCCUGGGGACCCCUGGGAACCGGCUGGACUUCUCGGCUGACUCACUCCUCAAGGCCCAGUACCGGGAGACGCGCACCAACGAGAAGGUGGAGAUGAUGGGUCUGAACGACCGCUUCGCCAGCUUUAUAGAGAAGGUGCGCUUCCUGGAGCAGCAGAACACGGUGCUGGUGACGGAGCUGACCCAACUGAGGGGGAAGGAGCCCAGCCGUCUGGGGGACAUCUUCCAGGAGGAGCUGAGGGAGCUGCGCAGGCAGGUGGACGGACUCAGCGCUGGGAAGGCCCGGCUGGAGAUAGAGAGGGACAACAUGGCAUCUGACGUGGCCACACUCAAACAGAGACUGCAAGAUGAGAUGGUUCUUAGACAGGAUGCAGAGAGCAACUUGAACGCCUUUAGACAGGACGUGGAUGAGGCGUCUCUGAACCGUGUCCAGUUGGAGAGGAGGAUAGACGCACUGCAGGAUGAGAUUGCCUUCCUCAAGAAGAUCCACGAGGAGGAGCUGCGUGAGCUGCAGGAGCAGCUGAUGGCCCAGCAGGUCCAUGUGGAUGUGGACGUGUCCAAGCCAGACCUGACCGCUGCUCUGAGGGACAUCCGGGUCCAGUAUGAGUCCGUGGCCUCCUCGAACAUUCAGGAGACGGAGGAGUGGUACCGCUCCAAGUUUGCCGACUUGACCGACGCAGCUACUCGGAAUGCAGAUGCCUUGCGAUUGGCCAAACAGGAGGGCAACGAGUACCGCCGGCAACUCCAGGCCAUGACCUGUGAUGUGGAGGCGCUCCGUGGAACAAACGAGUCUCUGGAGCAGCAGCUGCGUGAGAUGGAGGACCGUUUCUCCGUGGAGACGGCUGGUUACCAGGAUACAGUGGGUCAUCUGGAGGAGGAGAUCCAGACUCUGAAGGAGGGGAUGGCCAGACACCUGCAGGAGUACCAGGACCUGCUCAACGUCAAACUGGCCCUGGACAUAGAGAUCGCUACCUACAGGAAGCUGCUGGAGGGAGAGGAGAGCAGGAUCACUGUUCCAAUGCAGAGCUUCUCCAACCUGCAGUUCAGAGAGACCAGUAUGGACACUAAGUUCUCUCCAGAGGCCCAUGUCAAGAGGAGCAUCAUAGUGCGGACUGUGGAGACUAGAGACGGGGAGAUCAUUAAGGAGUCUACAGCUGAGAGGAAGGAGAUUCCUGACAGUCCUUAAAGGACACAAAUGGUGCUAGCUAUAUGUCUGUCAUACUGUCCCCACUCCCCAGUAACGCUUAGAGGCCUUGCAUGAUAAUGAUACCCUUUCCUGACCAGGCACCUCCCUCUUCUCCAAACCUCAAAGUCCCUCCAGUUGCAACCACCUCACCAUCCCCUUCCUCCCCUCUUCAUCAUCACCCCCAGACCAUGCUACAUCAUUAAAUACUUAGGAGUUGCAUUUUGUUGAAACAAAAAAAAUCCCUCAUUGCAUCCUUGUUAGCAUUUUUGCCAAAAAAUAUUAUUUUUGUAUUGCUGUAACUGGAGAUAGGCUUUAGUGCUGGGAAGUGUGGCCAUGCACCUUAGAAGGAAGGGUCUUGGACUACUACCCUUCGUGAUUUUAAUGCUUGGAAAUGUAUAUUUUGUUCAGCUCAUAAUAGUGACAGAUCAGAGUGGGAAAUGUUCUCAAUGUGUUUGGAUAGUAGCCAGAGAGGAGGCCUUGAAAUGUAGUGAUUGUUAUUCAGCUAGUGGCAGGGGUCGUGCUGAAGUUGUGUGGUUGGAGUGGAUGUGAGAAGUCAAGAGGAAAGUACAGUUGCUGGGGUUAGCAGUGGACAGGAUGGGUCUCAGACAAGGAAGAUGACGUGUGAAUGACAGUGCUUUUGGCAGAACUGUUGGUGAAAAGAAAGAAGCUGACGUAACUCUCCUCUAGGGCCAAACACCAUAUCCAUUUCACCCCUCCGUCAUACAACCCCCCCUCUGGAUGCAGUGUCUCUAGUUCCACUGUUUCAUUGCAACAUCAUAUUUUAACACUAGAACAGCGCCUGGGAACAUCCACUUACGCACCAGGGGUGAGAGGGACAGGACGGAGGUGAUACAGGGAGUAUUGACGAGACCCUUACCUCUGAAAUCCCCUGUUCCUCUCCCAGCUCCAUCUCUGGAGUGUCAGUGAUUGUAGAGAGACACAAAAGAGGGUGUUGCUGAGAUAGCUUGGUGGUGGUGGAGCGGGUGGGGUUACAUGGUGUCUCCCUGAUGACAGCCCUCUCCAAGAAACCCUGGGGGGGGGCUUGGAGGGUUGGAGGAGAGGAGGAGAGGAGGAGGGUUGGAGGAGAGGAGGAAAGGAGGAGGGUUGAAGGAGAGGAGGAGAGGAUGAGGGUUGACUAUAGACUGCUUUUCAUUCUUCACUAAAGACAAACCGUAACCAUCUUCUAAUGUGCCUGCCUUUCUUUCACAUCUCCCUUCCCUCUGCUUUGCCUUCGUGUCUUCACCCGUCAGCUCUAGAUACUAUUUCUUCUCUUCUUGUCUGCCUCUUACAGUAGCCACAGCUGAACCACACUGCAGUAGGUCUCAGAAAAACCUACAAGAUGUGAAUAUAACCUUAGUUUUGACCAACAUUAUUACAACCCGCUAACAACAAUAAAGCCAUUUUGUUUUAUUAGUA